AUGCGCAUCCUGCUUACUCUGGCAGCAAAGAAUAACUGGCCCGUCUACAACUUUGAUUUCGUGGCGGCUUACCUGAAUGCGCCCAUCAAUGAAGAAGUAUGGGUACAGGCGCCUGAAGGGCUAGACGUCGAAGCAGGGGAAGCGUGCCUUCUGAAGAAGGCACUUUACGGGAUGAAAAAAGCUGCUCGAUGCUGGUGGAAACACCUGCGCGGUACUCUAGCUGAUCUGGGUUACAUAUCCAGUUAUUAUGACUCAAGUGUUUACACUCUCAGCAACAAGGUCAACCGUUCAAUAAUUUGGGUUCACGUUGACAAUGGUAUUGUCACCGGCUCCUCUGAUGAGGCACUCAAACUACUUGAAACACAAUUAAAAGGAAGUUUGGAAAUCAAGUGGGAAGAAGGUCUUUCAAGCAUGGUGGGAGUCAAGAUCACGCGUACAGAAGAUGGUUUUGAACUACGACAACCUUGUCUGAUCUCGAAAAUCCUGAAUGAACAAUGGGAUGGUGUCUCUCUUGCAUCAUCUCCGCUCCCGGAAGGGUAUUCUGCUAACUCUGACGACAAAGAGCCGGGAGUGAACAGUACGGAUUACUUAUCUGCUAUUGGCAGUCUCAGCUAUGUUGCUGUUGGAACUAGACCCGAUAUCACGUACAGUGUGAACUAUCUUGCACGUUUCUCAGCCCGACCCUCAACGAUCCACUGGAAAGGCCUACGCCAUCUGAUCAACUACCUAGCAAAAUCAAGGGACAUGCCACUGAAGAUCCAACCGUCUAAGAUUUGCCAUUCACCGGUGGAUUGCUACAUCGAUGCAAACUGGGGAGGUCCCAACUCCAGAUCAUCAUACGGUGUACUCAUUCGACUGUACGGGGAAAUGUUCACCCGCAAAGACAUACAAUACGAUCUGAUGAGCAACAUUUUAUUCAGUAAGGCUGCCAAAAGUACGGUCAGGCAGCUAGACAACAACCCGCAAUGGGCGACAAACUUUUGCAUUGCGUCAUUCCUCAUCAAUAUUGGCCGAAUCAAUACUACCGUGGCGUUCUAUCCCGAGCUCAGGGCCUACAUGAGGACUUACCAUCCUGUCCCGUGUCUCCAGAAGGAUGAAUACUGCCGAACAAAUCUACAAGAUGCCCCAAGGAUCAAGACCAUGCUGAAAUCCUGCCAACUACCUUCUGAGUUCAACAACAAACCCAAAUCAUUACCAGAUAUUGCAAAGAGAAGCGCCCUUGGGUAUAGACCUCCAACAACUGUUGUCAAUCUGAUUUUUGAACUAUUUGGUGUCGAACCUUAUGUUAGCAUGAAGUAUUUUCCCGAGGGCUUUGUGCUGCACGACCUCUUCUCACCCAACACGAUCCCGACGAAAAUAAGGGCAUACGCAUUCCUUUGGCUAAUGCAUCAUUUCCUGGAAGACCCCUCGGCAAUAACCAAUUUCCAACACGAGUCGAAGAUCGAGGCGUUCCAGAUUGCCCGACUGGAAGAUAUCCAGCCCGACUCGUCCCUUGGCGAUAGCCCUGAAAACGUGGACACCCCAGAAGAGAUCAAGUGGGGCAAAGAUAUGCAAAACUAUUGGAGGGAGUUCUUGAAGAAGUGGAGGGGCACAUAG